GUGUAAAGUUAUUUUUCCCACGGAAAAGAAGCACGUGUUUCAUUAAGAGUACCCGUUAGACACCCCUAACUGCUAUAUAGCAGCCCAGCCGCCAGAAAAAGGCUGUUCUUUUGUCAGUCACGCACACUGCGCGUCGAGCCUGCAAUUACAAGCUGACGGUGACCAGUCGUACCAUCUGGGACUAAACAGGAAAGCAGCAUGGGACAAACACAGUCACCGCCUCCACGACCCAAACUCCCGCAGACGAAGGUUAGCUCCUUCGCUGAUCGACAGUUCCCUUUCGAGAACAUCGUGCUAGAAGGAGGAGGAGCCAAGGGAAUAGCCUACAUCGGGGCGUGCAAGGUCCUAGAGGAUGCCGGGAUAAUGCCGCAGAUCAAACGGUUCGCCGGGACUAGCGCAGGCGCAAUCACUGCCGCCCUGCUCGCCAUCGGCAUGACGUCACAAGAGAUGCUUGAAGAACUGAGCGCACAGAACUUGCUUGACGUCGUUUUGGACACCAGUUGGACUAAGACGAGCUGGAUCCCAGGCAUGAGGACGUUUGGACAACUCUGGGACGUCUGGCAAAACAAAGGAGCCUGCCCGGGGCACAGAUUCUUGGAAUGGUUUGGUGACAUUCUGGAAAGGAAACUUAAGGAGCGAGGACUUCCUCUCGGCCGAGACGUGACAUUUGACCAGAUCUACCAUGUUCUCGGGAAGGAGCUGUGUAUUGUAGCCUACAACAUGAACUAUAACCGGGAGUCCUACUUCCACGUCAAGACCACGCCCGUUCUCAGGGUCCGGGAGGCAGUGCGCAUGUCCAUGUCAAUCCCAGUGGUGUUCCAGCCAUAUACACUGCAAAAUCUCUUCACCUACAUCGAUGGCGGAUUGGCGGCCAACUUCCCACUCUACGCUUUCGAUGGUUGGUACUUGUCCAUGAACAAGGCGGACACCUUCUACAAGCGUCUCAACUACCUGGAGGAGAAAGGUGACAGACGCAUACGGAGGGUGUUCUACCCCGAGUACCGAUGGGAACGGUUUGAGAGCCAAGGACCGCAGCAGUUUGAGAAAACUCUCGGCGUUCUGAUCUUUUCCAACUCAGACCGGGAGAUCUACCAGGAUCAGUUCGAGGAGCGUCUGAGGGGUUUAAUGAGGAAAGACUCCAGCUUCAAAAAGAGUAGGCCUGACACAGAGAAGGCCAGGACAUAUGACGAGCAUCUCCGCCGGCAGCGAGCCGCGAGGGACGCUGGGAUAAAAUCGUUCGAGGCUCUGGUUGAAGACCGGAUGAAGAAGUUGAUCGAGCUGAUUGCCGGAUGUGACGUCAUAGACGGAGGCACUAUUGAUAUUCCCCCGACCCCAACUCUGGCGAAAGGAGGUGAAGAUUUCCCGAAUUGGGGUGAACCUGAAUCACCAGUAGUCAUGGCCGCCGAUCCAACAACGCCAAUACAACCAAAAAUCACAAUCGAGGAAGCAAGGCGUGAAUUCUUUAAGAUCGUAACGGACGACGACAUAAAGGCGAUGCAGGUAACCACAAAGGAGGAAGCAUUUGAGAUAUUGUUUCUGGACGUCUUUGGAAAGCUGACGGUGGGAAGAGUGAAGAACAUGUACGAGAACUACGCACCUCUACAGGUUGGCGAAGAGGAGGAUCCUGGGCGCGAGGCCUGUCGAGUCGACCGGGCAGUACUACGGAACUCUCCUGGACUUUGUUGGCAGCAAGAACCAGCUCUCUGAGAAGGACAUAGACCGGUGUAUCGGGGUGGACGUGGACUAUCUCUCUACCAUGGACUUUGACAUGACUCCGACAGACAUGGAGUUUCUCAUGGCACAAGGAGCAACAGCGGCAACCGCCUACAUCAUGGAGUAUGCGGAACACAAACAACCACCACACAAGCGUCUGUCGUGAUUCAGAACCAACCAAUGAAACAAACAAACAAACAAACAAACAAAC